ACCAAUGUACAGCCGGAACCAGACCGCCAAGUUGUGGAGGGCGAAUGCAGGUCGGACGUGUUUCCGUGUGACACAAACGCAGCAAAUAUGUCAGCCUGUGAGUUUGGAUGUGAGCAUUACGUGCGGAGUUGUUUGCUCAAAGCUCCUUGCUGUGGAAAGUUUUAUGUCUGCAGACUCUGCCAUGACGCCGCGGAGGAUCACCAGAUGGACCGCUUCCGGGUCACGGAGGUCAAGUGCAGUUUUUGCAAUACUGUCCAGCAGUCCCAGCAGACGUGCGAAGAGUGCAAGGUGACGUUUGGGGAAUAUUACUGCAGUAUCUGUCACCUGUUUGACAGAGACAAGAAGCAGUACCACUGCCUGCCAUGUGGCAUCUGUAGAAUUGGGCCGAAAGAGAAGUAUUUCCACUGUGAGAAGUGUAAUCUGUGUUUAGCCAGCGACCUUCGAGGAAAUCACAAGUGUGUACAAGAUGUAUCGAGACAGAACUGUCCAGUCUGCAUGGAGGACAUCCAUACCUCCCGAGUUGGAGCUCACGUCCUUCCAUGUGGCCACCUUCUACACCAGACCUGCUUUGAUGACAUGUGUAAAACGGGAGGAUACCGCUGCCCGCUCUGCAUGCACUCAGCCUGGAACAUGAAGCACUGCUGGGAAGAGAUGGACAAAGAGAUCUCUGAGACACCAAUGCCCAGCGAAUACCAGGGCAUCACUGUCAAGGUCAUAUGCAUGGACUGCCAGUCUCGUAGUACGGUGCCCUUCCACGUCCUGGGAAUGAAAUGUAGCGGCUGUGGCUCAUACAACACCACCCAGGAUGGGGGGCUGAUAGGGGGGCAACCGGGGCAGGCAGGAGGGGGAGACCCGGGGCAGGCGGGAGACCCGGGGCAGGCGGGAGGGGGAGACCCGGGGCAGGCGGGAGACCCGGGGCAGGCGGGAGACCCGGGGCAGGCGGGAGACCCGGGGCAGGCGGGAGACCCGGGGCAGGCGGGAGACCCGGGGCAGGCGGGAGGGGGAGACCAAACUGACUGA